UUCGGUCUAUUAUACCCAUCCUCCAAAGCUCUUCGGCCGUGGCUGGCCCUCUCCCCCUUAACGAUACACAGCCAUCGUAGCUACCACCACGUCCGACCCCUAUUCUCUACCUUCCUCGCUCGCGUUCCCCUUCGUCUCGUCACGUCUUGCCGUCUCCGUGCACACAUCCACCUUCAGUCUCUCUUCCACCAUUAAUUGAACUGGAAUCAGCAAAUUCGUAUUUGGCUAUCUAUCACCAGCAUUUCCGUCAUAAUCUUUAUCGGACCGGAUACCGCGUACUCCUGGAUUGACUAGAUUCAUGCGCGAUGCAGGGCACACCCAACACAAUGGACUAUAACGACUUGGAUUCUGCAAACGGCCGUGGGCUCCCCACGGGAGGGCUGACAUGGUCCAACGAAGGACCGGUCUUGCAGAUGGAAGAUGCAGUGGUAGAGACAGUUGUUACGCAUACAACCCGUACAACAACAUCGUUCCAACCCAUCACCCUCCCUCGAGUCCCUUCUCCAGAGCAUCUCAAACUCCCAAAUCACCUUCCUGGCGAAAAGUAUCCUCUGGCGGACCAGCCCGCGCCCAGUGACAUGCGUUUAUUUACUAUGACUCUUGGAGGAAGAAGAGUAAUCGUUCAGGAUGAAAAUGCCUCUGGAGAGAGUGGAAUAGAAAUGUCUGGCCCUGGGUGGACAAGAACUCUGUUGAACGGCAGUAUGACUGAGGCUGAAAAUGGUGUCGACGUAGCAGACGAAAGCUUGACUUUUCUUCAAGCCCUUAACAGGUCAAAAGGCAAAGAGAAGAAGAGGGAAUACGAAGAGCGAAGUGAUGCUCCCGCAUCCCCAGUAGCUAACGAUAUUUCUGCCAGGCGAAGUCCGCCUAGAAAGAAGAUUAGAGGGCUGGAUGAGAUCAAUAUACCUACAGGUGUAAAUCGAGCGUUAUUAUCACCAUUGCCCUCCCCUGAACACGAGUCUAUGUCUCUUUCCUCUAUAGCCCCCACGGCUCAAGCACCGAAUAUGGGCUCCGGUGUUGAGCUUUCAGCUCUAUUCUCUCUCCCGUCUCUUGUCUCCCAUUUCGACACUCUACCUGAUCGUCUGCAACAACACUUCCUCAUGCACCUCCUUCGUCGCUCCCGUAUGCCCACUUUACAACGCAUAUCGAACUUCGUAUCCACGGCUCUUCGCCGGGAUUUUAUCACCCAACUUCCACACGAGGUCGCCAUACAGAUACUCAAAUCAGUUGAUGGCAAGAGUUUAGCCAGUGCCUCCAGGGUGUGCAAAAAAUGGAAGAGAAUCAUUGAUAUGGAAAGAAGUGUAUGGAAGGCGCGAUUAUUAGACGAUAAACUCUGGAGUGGUUUCGGUACAGAAGAACAGGAGGAGAGUUUAGUUCUUGAGCGAUACGAGGCGCUAGACCUACACGAUCAGCUCGAGGGGAGACGUACUAGCUAUCAAGCAGUAUCCGGCGAGGAUGAGCAAAUGUUUUCGCCAACAUUGGGUCAUGAUCUACCUGAAAGACCCACUCCUCUCAAACAUGUGUACCGUCGUCGAUAUCAGGAUCAAAAGAAUUGGAUACAUACUCGACCAGAACAUAGUUCAUUUACUGGCCAGGGUACAAACGUCGUCACAUGUCUUCAGUUUGAUGAGGAUAAGAUUGUUUCUGCGUCGGAUGAUCAUUCAAUCAACAUCUACAACACGAAUGAUGGUCAGCUUCGCAAGCGGCUUGAUGGACAUGAGGGCGGCGUGUGGACGCUUCAAUAUAAAGGUCACACCCUUGUCAGUGGUUCGACAGACCGGACAGUGAGGAUAUGGGACCUGGAAGAUCUCCGAAUGACCUAUGUGUUCGCUGGCCACACCAGCACUGUUAGAUGUCUGCAGAUUGUUGAACCGGUGUGGGAGGAGGAGACACAAUCCUAUCAGCCACCUGUCCCUAUGAUUGUGACUGGAUCCAGAGAUGCAACGCUCCGUGUUUGGAAGCUGCCCCAGAAGGAUGACCCUCUAUAUGACGGUAUUGUGGAAGAGGAACAAACUGAGCUCAUUGGGCCUGACGUAAACCCUUUCCACAUGCACCUUCUUGAGGGCCAUUCCCUUGCUGUUCGAGCAAUUGCCACUCAUGGCAGAAUCUGUGUAUCGGGCUCGUAUGAUAUGAGCGUUAGAGUAUGGGACAUCGUGAAGGGGACCAGUCUUCAUGUUCUUACGGGGCAUGAAGAUAAAGUGUAUAGCAUCGUCUACGACCCUUAUCGCAAGAGAUGUGCCUCGGGCUCUUUGGACAGCACCGUCAAGGUUUGGGAUAUAGUCUCGGGUCAAUGUCUUCACACUCUCCAAGGUCACACUUCUCUUGUGGGCCUCCUCGGUUUGUCCCCUAACUAUCUCGUCUCUGCUGCUGCCGAUUCCUCUCUCCGCAUUUGGGACCCCAAUACUUGCCAACUCAAGAACGUCCUUGCUUCUCACAGUGGCGCAAUCACAUGCUUUCAGCAUGAUGAGACAAAGGUCAUCUCGGGCUCAGAUGGAACCCUGAAGCUCUGGGACGUCAAAACAGGAACAUUCGUUCGAGAUCUGGUUGUGGGGAUCAGCGCGGUGUGGCAGGUCUCUUUCAACAAAAACCUGCUGGUAGCUGCCUCAAAUCGGAACGGCGCAACUGUUUUUGAUGUCUUCAGAUUUGGCCAGUCGAGUACACAAGAUGUAGAUGAUCCCUCUCUUGACAAUCUGCAGCCACCGAGAUGGGAAAGGUGGGCCGCCGAGAAGAGAAGAAGGUUGGAAAUGGAAGAGAAGAAAAAGAGGAAGAGCCGCAGUCGCAAAGCUCGUACUGAGUCAGCCUGGGAUGACAGACUCGAAAAAGUAAGAGACCCAAGAAUGGCAUCCUGGAAAACUACUUUACCUUAUGCCCCGACGGGACAUCUUGGCUACUCUGUCGAAGGUGAAGAACCAGACGAACGUGUAGGCCUCCAACCUCCUCCGGCAUUUGGUUUCAGGACUGGGUCUCAUGCAGGAUCUUCGAAAGGCAACUCGCCGUAUCAGUUAAGUUCGGCCCAGUCAGGGUCAAACAACGUUGUGCGUCGGAGUCUUCACGAUCUUUCGGGUAGUCCUACGCCGACUGGUGUGGCCCGGAGACGAGCCGGGCUAAUGAUCUCCAAGGUCCCUAGAGCAGAGGGAUCAAAUGGGGCUAGCGCCGCAUUGCCGCCUGGCUCGGUUGUUGGUCCCCUGGAUAUUGGGGAGUCGAGCGCUAGUACAGCUGUGGUGGAAGACAAUUAUCAGGAUGAUGAGGGCGAGGAGGAUGAAGAAAUGGAGAAUGCUGAUGAGCAUUCAUAUUGAUGAUAUCACGAGGUCUUAAGCAAUCUUCUAUACGAAUAAUAUACGAAUACCGGCCCGGUUGUCUGUCUUAAUUUGUAGAGUAUGUUACAUACAGUGUUAUGGCGUUCUUCAUUGUUUUUGUUCGCCUGAAUGGAGAUUCAACGGUCAUCAUUGAUUGACGGACAACAGUUAGUAUCGUUACUAUUUCAGGUCAACAUGAUCGAAGGAAACUCGUGCUAAA